AUGGAGGGGGGGCCGCAGGAGGAGCCCCCCCGGCAGCCGCACCCCCCAGCCGGGCAGGCGGCACCCCGCUUGGAGCACCUCCUCCUGCACCCCCUCACCAGGCAGGGGGGCAGGGAGCCGCACCUCCUGCUCCUCCCCCCCAGGCCGGGGCCCCUCCCUCAGCUCCUGUGCCCCCUCCCCGGGCAGGGCGCCCCGUGCAAGGAGCUGCACCCCCUGCAUGGGCAAAGUUCCCCCAGCAAGCAGCUGCUGCCCCCCCCGGCUGCGCUGGGACCUGGGGAGCAGCAGGGGGGGAGUGAGCCCCCCCGGGCGCUGCAGGGGAAAGCGGAGAAGCAGGAGCAAGAGGGCCAGCUGGGGUGCAGCGGCUGCAGCAAGAGAAAGAGGGGCGAGCUCAAGGCCGCCGCAGCCCGACGAGCAGGGAAAGAGGGGACCCAGCUCGCGGCCAGCGGCACCGUCAGGAGAGGAGGGGAUCAAAAAGGGGGGAACGCAGAGGAGAGCCAGAAAGAGGUGAUGGUGAAAGAGACUGGGGGGGGCAGCGUGGCCUCGGGGACUGGGAAAGAAGGAGCAAUCAAGGCAGAGCAGGCAGAGGCAGCCGGUGAGGAGUGCAAGGGGAGGGAAGACGCUGUGUCGUCCAAGCCAGCUGGAUCCUUCAGCGGCCCGACUCAUGCCAGCAAAGAUGCCCCCGCGGCUCAGCCGCCUGGUGGGUUUGGAGCACAGCAUCCUCAAGACCUGAAGAUCCCAUUGACGCUCCAUCCAGUACCCUCUGGGACCAGGAUCCAGUUUCAGGGACCUCCACCUUCUGAGCUGAUCAGAGUGACUAAAGUGCCCCUGGCCCAAGUGCCCCUUAAAAUGCAAUCCUUACUGGAGCCUUCAGUCAAAAUUGAAACUAAGGAUGUGCCCCUCACAGUGCUGCCCUCUGAUGCAGGGAUACCAGAUACCCCAUUUAGCAAAGACAGAAAUGGCCAUGUAAAACGUCCAAUGAAUGCAUUUAUGGUUUGGGCAAGAAUUCACCGGCCGGCACUAGCCAAAGCUAACCCAGCUGCCAAUAAUGCAGAAAUCAGUGUCCAGCUUGGAUUAGAGUGGAACAAACUCACUGAAGAGCAAAAGAAGCCCUAUUAUGAUGAAGCUCAAAAGAUUAAAGAAAAACACAGAGAGGAAUUUCCUGGCUGGGUUUACCAACCACGACCCGGCAAAAGAAAGCGCUUCCCAUUGACUGUCUCCACUGUAUUUUCCGGCACCUCUCAGAACAUCAUCACUACAAACCCAACCACAAUUUAUCCUUUCCGAUCACCCACUUACUCCGUUGUCAUUCCCAAUGUACAGAACAGUAUUGGACAUCCUGUCUGUGAAGCCCCUUCUACUAUCCAGCUGCCAGCUCCUUCCAUUCAACAUCCAGGUCCAAUUACACUUUUCCAGCCGAGUGUUGGAAGCACCACACCAGUGGCUGUCCGAGCUCCAAAUCUGCCCCUUCACCCUGUAAUUCCACCACAGCGCUUUGCUGGACCUGCACAGACAGAAGCUCAUCAUGUACCUUCCGGAUCAAGUUGUUCUGUAAAGAGACCUAUCCCAGUUUGCAUUGAGAGCUCCAGCAGGAACCCGAGUAAUGCCAGCACCACUCACUCCAGAUUUCCUGUCUCUAAUAGUCAACCCCCUAAGGAGUACUCAGGUGUUUCUACCUGUCCUAGAAGUGCACCAAUUCCCCAGGCUCCUCCCAUUCCUCACUCACAUCUCUAUCAACCUCCUCCCAUUGGUCAUCCAGCCACUCUCUUUGGAGCUCCUCCUCGAUUUUCGUUUCAUCACCCUUACUUCUUACCUGGACCCCACUACUUCCCAUCAAGCACGUGCCCGUACAGCCGCCCUCCAUUUGGCUAUGGGAAUUUCCCCAGCUCAAUGCCCGAAUGUCUUGGCUUUUACGAAGACCAGUACCAAAAGCACGAGGCUAUGUUUUCUGCUCUGAAUAGAGACUAUCCUUUCAGGGAGUACCCAGAUGAGCGCGCACAGAGUGAAGAUUCCCGCAGCUGUGAGAGCCUAGAGGGAGUGUCUUAUUACAACAGCCACAGCCAUAGCGAGGAGGAAUAUUUAACCCCCAUGCCACAGCUGGAUAUUGGAGCCUUGGAGAACGUUUUCACAGCAACCCCGUCCACACCCUCCAGCAUCCAGCAAGUCAAUGUGACUGACAGCGAUGAGGAGGAGGAGGGGAAAGUGUUAAGAGAUUUGUAAUUUUUAAACCAAAUGAUAACAAUACACAGGAGGCUUUUAAAAUAUUAAAUAAACAUUUCAGUCCUAUAAUAUCUUUUUAGUCAGUGUGUUCAAGGAGAAACCCGAAUCACCUCGGCGAUAAGUGCAGAUUAUUUUAAGAAAUCUGAUCAUCCUUUAGCAUUUUGGGAAGCCAGAUACGGACCUGGGGCUGUCUCUGAUGUCUCUGGGUUUUCACCUGCUCACAUUAGGUCUGCAUUUGGGCCCAGAAUCAUGAAGCCAUUCCUAUUCAGGAAAGCAUAUAAGCAUGUGCUUAGCUUUAGGCCUGUACUUAAGUGCAUUUCUGAAUAGGAAUGGACUUAGGAAUGUGCUUAAGUGCUGGCCUGAAUCAGGACUCUGGCUUUCUGUGUUCCAGGACUUGCAUUCAUUUUGGCAGUUUUACUUUAGGAAUUUUAGCAAGUGAAAUAAUUCUGUCUGUAUGUCACAGAUUCUUGAACAAAAUGUAAUUCUUGAUGCAAUAAAAUGCACUGGGGGCUAGGGAUUGGGGUCAGGAGUAAUUCCCUCAUGCUUUCAGAUUUGCCGUUUGGCUACCAUGGUAUAUUUAUUUAACAACAUAAUUUAGUUUGUUUUUCUAUAUAAUCUAUAUUUGUGCUGCCAACUGUUGUGUAAUACAUUGAAAAUUUAGGGUCCAAUUCUACCACCCAUACUCACAUUAAACAGUGUCUUAUUGUGCAAGAGUCCCAUUGAUUUAAAUGGGGACCAUUUGGAGAGUAAGGUGCUAUUCAAUGGGAAUCAGGGUGAUAAAGUCUAGCCCUGUGAAAUAACUUAUACUGGUGGACUAUGAUUUGAUCCCUGAGUAUAGUUAACAUUAAUAUCUAUACAAUACCUAUUUUAAAUUUGUUAGUUGGAAAAUGUCUCCACUAAAUUGUAAGAGCAGAUGAGAUACAGAAUUUUAUUGCCAAAACUAGUAAUUCAUGUCACUAAACAAUUUUUUUCUUUCUUUUUCCUUUCUUCCCAUUUCUUUCACUGGGAAUCCCAUUGUUCUGCUUCUGUUCUAUUUAAAUAAAGUCACAUGAACUGCA